AUGAACCCAAAUAAUGAAGAAGAGAUAUUGUAUAUUCGAGCUCAAGCAUAUAUUAAAAUUGAGAAAUAUGAUGAAGCUUUAGUCGAUCUGAAUAGAUUAUUAGAAAUUAAUCACAAAAAUGAAGAGAUAUUGA